AUGAUACAACAUAAAAGGCGUUUAUAUGGAGGUUCUAUAGUGUGUGGAAUCCCACAAACUUUUCAGGAUUUAAGUGACCUUUUGCCCGUUCCGGAUCAUCAAGAAGUAUUCAUAAACUAUAGAAGUGCCGUCGAGAAAGACAAGAAUCGAGUUGUUGCACGAACAUCUGAAUGCGUUCUUUCAUUUGAAAUACUGGAGUAUGAGGAAACGGGAGAUGACGAAAUCCGAGCCAGGCACCUGUUCCACGAGCUGGCAUCCUGGAACGAAGCUGACCGUAGCUCUACAAUUACAAUUGAAACCGUGAAAACACCUGAUUCAAUAGGAGUCGAAAACUGUAAAGCGAUCAUACUUGUCGGAACUAUGGAUGUGACAAAGAGCAGCAGAGUUCCUCAAGAUGAUGUGCGUCAUGUUUCGGUUUUCCUUUACGUAUUACGUUUACGAGAGUACCGCUGCGACAUUUUGGUAUCAUACAAUUUCCCUUUGGAUGACACAGACGAUGAGUAUGCUACUCAGCUGACAAUGUUCAAAGAUAUCACACACAGCAUACAAAUUAUUGAUGAUAAACUGUUUAUUCACAGGCCCGCGUGA